AUGGACAAAAGUUGGAUGAAUGACCCCGAUACGCUUGUAUCACUUGCAUACGCCGAAGGCGUUAAAUAUUUCCUCAUACAAGCACGAAACCAUGCAAGUGGAAGGGCUCGCAUUCGGUGUCCAUGUCAUGCAUGCCUUAACAAUCUGUGGCUACCUAUACCUGAGGUGGAAACCCAUUUGUUUAUUAAAGGGAUCAACCCAAAUUACACCCAGUGGAUAUUUCAUGGGGAGGAGGAGACCACAUUGUCCAUCAGUGAUGAUGAUAUUGAUGACGAUAUCAUCCAAGAAGAUGAUUACAUAGAUGACAUGCAGCAUAUGUUGGAUGACAUCCGGGCAGGCACCUUCGUUGAUGUGCCUCAAGAUAGCACUCCUGUGCCAAACAGGCCAUCAAUACAUGUAGAUGGACCAGCACCAUCUUUUGACCAGCUACUAGAGGAUGUCCGACGUCCUCUUUUCGAUGGGUGUACAGAAUUUUCAAAGUUGUCAUUCGUUGUGAAGUUGUUACACAUCAAAUCAAUCGGUGGAUGGUCAAUUAAGUCAUUUGACAUGCUCCUUGAUUUAUUGAGGUCUGCCUUUCCUAAUGCCCUAUUGCCACAAUCAUAUGAGGAGUCAAGGUCUUUGGAGCGCGGUUUGGGCUUCAAGUAUCACAAAAUCCAUGCGUGCCCCAACAACUGCAUCUUAUUUUGGAAGGAAAAUGCUGCUCUUAAUGAAUGCCCUCAUCUCUUCAUGUAUGCAAAGAUAGCAGGUGAUAUGCGAUGGCCCAAAGAGCAACAGACGAAAGAAGAUACUUCUAUGAGACAUCCGGCCGACUCUGAGUGCUGGAAGAAAUUUGAUGAAGAUCAUGGUUGGUUCGCUUCGGAUCCUCGCAAUGUUAGGCUCGGUCUGAUGAUUGGGGAUGUUCAGUUUGGCAAAUCUCAUAGGAAGAAAAAAGGCACUGCUGAAGAGCUAAACUGGACAAAGUGUAGCAUAUUCUUCGUGUUACCUUAUUGGUCAACAAUUCGACUUCGGCAUAAUUUGGAUGUUAUGCAUAUUGAGAAGAAUAUUGCCGACAACAUCUUAUGGACUUUAAUGAACAAUCCAGGGAAAAGUAAGGAUAACAUCAAUUCAAGGCGUGACUUAGAGCUUUUGGGCUGUAGAAAAGAAUUACACUUGAGGCGUGACUUAAACGUUGAGCAAAGGUAUAAAUUUUGUGAGUGGUUGUCUGAUAUCAAAUUUCCAGAUGGGUUCACUUCCAAUAUCUUGAACUGUGUCUCUCGAUGUGAUUGCAAAAUCUCAGGGUUGAAAAGCCAUGACUGUCACGUUUUCCUUAAAAAACUACUCCCCAUUGCUGCUGGGGGAUAUUUAAGAAGUGACAUUGGCUUGGCUUUGACUGAACUUGGUACUUUCUUCAAAGAGUUGUGCGCUCGAACACUUGAUGUCAACUGCCUGACCCAAUUCCAAACUGAUGUUGUCACCAUUCUAUGCAAACUGGAGAUGAUAUUCCCUCCUUCCUUUUUCGAUGUUAUGGUCCACCUAACUGUCCAUUUAUCCCGUGAGGCCAGACUUGGGGGUCCAGUACAAUAUAGGUAG